GGCGACUGUUGGGUGCUUGUUUGUGAAUUAAUUGUUUGUUUUCCCCUUUGAAUAUGAGUUCAAUUAAGUAUUUGUGUGAACUAAAUAGGAGUUGAAUUCAUUAAGUACAUAAUUGGUACCCCACUCCUACCAAACGCCCCAUCAGCCGAUCCAACAGGGAGAGCAUUUCUAAUGACUAGAACCCACCAUAUAUAAGAAAAUUAUCUAUUUAAACUUAAUCAUAAGAACGAAGAGACGUCCAAGAUGUGGCAGGCGUCGCAGUACUCUCACACCAACAACCAGAACCAGGGGAAGACCAAUGAACAUCAGAACCAGCAAAAUUUAAAAACGCUGGGGAUGACAUCGGCCAUUUCUAUGGCAGGUCCUAAGCCCGUCGAUAUAGAAAAGACAAAUGAGCUUAAAGAGUCCCUGAUACCCUACGGAGUUUUUGAAUCAGAGGCAGAAAUGCACCAUCGCAUGGAAGUGCUGGGCGCACUGCAUAGACUCGUACGCCAAUGGAUACGCGAUGAGAGUACGCGGAAAAAUAUGCCCCCGAGUGUUGCUGAAACUGUUGGCGGGAAUAUAUACACAUUUGGUUCUUACAGGCUUGGGGUGCACCACCGAGGAGCUGACAUUGACGCCCUAUGCGUAGCGCCCCGCCAUAUUGAUAGAGCCGACUAUUUUCAGUCCUUUUAUGAUUUACUCAAACAACAACCAGAGGUAAAAGACCUAAGAGCGGUGGAAGACGCCUUUGUGCCUGUAAUCAAGAUGAACUUUGAUGGAAUAGAGAUUGAUUUGCUGUUCGCCAGACUUGCAUUGAAGGAAAUACCUGAUUCCUUCGACCUUCGCGAUGACAUUCUACUCAAGAACCUAGACCAAAAGUCGGUGCGGUCCCUGAACGGCUGCCGCGUCACCGACGAGAUACUGCGCCUCGUGCCAAACAUCAAUAACUUCCGCCUCACUCUUCGGGCCAUCAAGCUUUGGGCCAAACGUCACGGUAUCUACUCCAACACGCUGGGCUACCUCGGUGGCGUGUCCUGGGCCAUGCUAGUGGCCCGCACCUGCCAGCUGUACCCCAACGCACUGCCAGCCACUUUGGUGCACAAGUUCUUCCUCGUCUUCAGCCAGUGGAAGUGGCCGCAGCCCGUGCUGCUCAAGCAACCGGACUCCGUUAAUUUGGGAUUUCCCGUUUGGGAUCCUAGAGUGAACGUCGCCGACCGGUUCCACCUGAUGCCAAUCAUCACUCCGGCGUACCCUCAACAGAACUCCACCUUCAACGUGUCUGCCUCUACUCGCAGCGUCAUCAUGGAGGAAUUUAGACUUGGUCUCGCAAUAACAGAUGAAAUAAUGUUAAGCAAAUGCGGCUGGGAACGCUUGUUCGAGGCACCGAACUUCUUCUCACGAUACAAACACUUCAUCGUGCUGCUGGCUUCCUCUGGCUCGGCAGACGACCAGCUGCAAUGGUGCGGCCUCAUCGAGAGCCGUAUCCGCCAUCUCAUCACCACCCUGGAGCGCAACCAGCACAUCACGCUGGCGCACGUCAACCCCGAGUGCUACAAUUCCGUGCCACUGCACGCCAACGGCGGACAGCCGCUCGCGCUGCCUCCCGAUGCCGUAGUGCACACAGAUCCGGCACCAGAAAUCAAGAAAAAUGACAAUGGCGAAGUGAUCCCGAAUUUGUGUUCAAUGUGGUUCAUCGGUCUCGUCUUCGAGAAGACGAACGUGAAUGUGGACCUCACGUACGACAUCUCCUCAUUCACCAAGGCCGUGCAUUACCAGGCCGAGAACACCAACAUGCUCAGAGAGGGCAUGACUAUUGAGGCGCGCCACGUGCGGCGCAAGCAGCUGCACCAGUACCUGUCGGCGUCACUGCUGCGGCGCGAGCGCACGUCGUCGGGCGUCAAGCGCAAGGCCGAGGCGCCGCCCGCGCCGCCCGCGCCGCCCGCCCCGCACGCCCCGCACGCCCCGCACUCCGCGCCCAAGAAGGCCAAGCGCCUGAGCGAGAGCAGCACGGACGAAGUAAGCGUGCUGUCCUGCAAUGAAGACUCAAACUCAUCAAACGUGUUCGAAGUGAACAUCCAGAAUGGAUCACAGAACCACACAGGAAACGAACAGAACAAAACCGUGACUGAGAAACCAAUCAACUCUGAGCAUACGCCGUCAACUUCAAAUAGCAUAGCGUGCACGUAGCAGUACGAAGAAUGGAGGCAACGCUUUAUCUACGGAAGCACCAAGCCAAAAGUGAAACGGGUGUAAGCGUUGGAACGCUUAGUUUAUAAGUGAACAAAAGUGACUUCAACGGAAGCUUAAGUAAAUACGUUAAAAGUGAUAAGUGACGAAAUCAAAUAUCAGCAGGUAGUUGAUGUAUAGUGGUGCAAUUUUUUAUUCUGUUUGGUGUUUACCGACUGCAAUUGUGCCCAUUGCUGAUAUGAUAUGAGGGUAUGGAUUUUUAAGUUUAUUGGGUACCAUCGCGGACAUCGAGUGUCAAUACGGUGUCACGUAAGUUUGGCUCUUUUUUGUAGGGAUGUCACAAUACCGUUUGCAACAAUAACUUGUUUGGUUUGAGCUAUGAUUUUACCUUUGGUAACUUUCUUUCUGUCACCCCACCGUUAAUUCUUUUGGCUGUUCUUGUCGCAUUUAUCGUGCGCAGGCAUUUAGUACCUCGGCCAAAUUGAGGUGUAUCGGUGCCUACGAAAUACACGCGCACUUAACAAAGCUAGGGACAACCAGUGUAACGACUCG